AUGAAAUCAAAGUAUAACGAAUAUAGAACAGAGUUAUCCUGUUUCGUAGUAGAUUCGAUUACUGGUACGCUACCGCCAGACAAAUUCGACAUAUGUCAAUUCACGAUUCCCAAAAACAUUUUACUAGCGGAUCCAAGGUACAAUGUUCCCGCCAAGAUUGAUUUGUUAAUCAGUGUUGCACUGUUUUAUAAUUUAUUGCAGGAAAGGCGCAUCAAUUUAGGCAAUAAUUUACCGGUAUUGCAAGAGACGAGUUUAGGUUGGAUUAUUGGUGGCACAUUCAUGCCUUGCAGGUCCUCGACUCAAUGUAACACUUCACAAAGUUAUUUAUCACUGAACUCACAAAUCCAAGAACAACUCGAACGUUUUUGGCAAUUGGAGGAAGUUACAAAAUCAAAGCCUCAUACUAAAGAGGAGCAGCUAUGCGAGGACAAUUUCGUGUCAACCCAUCAACGUGAUCAAAAUGGAAGAUUUAUCGUGCAAUUGCCACUGAAGAGUUCAUUAUCUUCACUCGGAAAAUCGCAAGAGAUUGCGGAGAAACGUUUACGGUCCGUAGAAAGAAAAUUUGACAAGGAUGCAACGCUGAAGGAGGCAUACGUCAGUUUCAUGCAGGAAUACGAGCAAUUGAAUCAUAUGAGUGAAAUAGGAGAAGCCGAAGACAAAGAUGAACAUGCGAAUUAUCUUCCACAUCACGCAGUCGUUAAGUCAACAAGCAGUACUACCAAAGUACGGGUAGUUUUCGAUGCAUCUUGCAAGACGACUUCAGGCAGAUCGCUCAACGAUAUAUUGCUCGUGGGACCGACCAUUCAGAACACCUUAUUCAAUAUUAUUUUGCGUUUUCGACAGCAUUACAUACGUUAUUACAUCUGA